AUGAUAUUCGACCAAGCCAAAGGACGGAAAUGGGACCCGGGUAUGGAGCUUCCAAAAGGAGGUGCUCAUAAAUUACGGGUGAAGCCGGAGGACAUUGAAAAAUUUCCUAGAGAUGGAGAAGGAACGCUUGAAAACCCCAUGGUCAUCUGGGCUGCUCGCCUAACAGAAGAACAGCGGAAUGAACUAAGAAUCCCAGAGUUUGAGGACGAAGAAGAUCUAUACCGUGCCGUCGAUGCCAACACCGAUAUGGCAAAGACCGUGGCAGUAAGGUGCGGCUGUACGGUCGUAUGGAUAAUUUGUCCUGUUCACAAGAGUAAAUACGCGUAUGAAAACGGUGAGAAGGUGCCGACAAACUGGGACAAUGCUGGCAACCCAAAGGAAUAUCUCGUCGUAGAUGCUGAUCCACACCUAACGAUAAGGCUAGGUACGGACGAGGAUGCUUGUCUUCUUCAUGGUCAUAUUAAUGUCAAUGUAGACGAGAGAGGAUUUCCAACGACCUUUAUGACCAAGUUCCAGAGGCAUUGUGAAGGGCAUGUCACUGACGGUGACGAAAGACCUUUUGAACUGUUUGAGUGGACCGAAGAAUCUUCAGCAGAGGAACAUCACCGACAGGCAAAUGCAGACUACGAACUCUUCAAAGCGAUGACCAUGCGAGAGGAAGGAUGGGAAAGCGAAGAUUUAGGAAAGUCUGACACCGACUACAAGCCGCCUGACCACUUGGAAGCUAUGCUAAAAAGCGAUGCUCAGUACGUACCCGUAGUCGAUGAAAGAGAACAUUCCGACCCUGAAUAUGAUAAUUAUAUCGUUCGUCGGUGGAACCCCUAUCGAACAGACCCUGCCAAACCGAGACAUGAAAAGUCCAUUUUAACCUAUAAUUUUGGUUAUAAUGUUCGACAAUUCAAGUCUAGGCUUGGCGGGUUGUCUCGAUAUGUUCACUAUCGGACUCAGGCCCUUUGGAACUAG